CAGCGGAUCCGGCUGGCCCUGCCGGCGGGCGGUGGGGCCGCGCCCCGCCCCGCGCCCGCAGCAGCCCCGAGCGGCCGAGCGGCACCGGACCCAGCCCGGCCGGGCCGAACCGGACCCAGCGGCGCCGGGCGGAGCCGAUCCGCGCCGUGCCGGUCAGCGCCAUGGGGCUGCUGGAGCGGCUGCGGAAGGAGUGGUUCAUCCUCGGCAUCGUGCUGGUCAUCGCUGUGGCGCGGCUGGAGCCCGGCGUCGGCGUCAAAGGCGGACCCCUGAAACCAGAAAUUACCAUAACUUACAUUGCCGUUUCAGCUAUAUUCUUUAACAGUGGACUCUCCUUAAAAACUGAGGAGCUGACAAGUGCUUUGAUGCAUGUGAAACUACACCUUUUUGUCCAGAUUUUUACACUUGUGUUCUUCCCAACAGCAAUAUGGGUCUUUCUUCAGCUGUUAUCAAUCACACCUAUAAAUGAAUGGCUUUUAAAAGGCUUACAGACAGUGGGCUGCAUGCCACCUCCUGUGUCUUCUGCUGUAAUUUUAACCAAAGCUGUUGGUGGGAAUGAGGCAGCUGCUAUAUUUAAUUCCGCUUUUGGAAGUUUUUUGGGCAUUGUUAUAACUCCACUUCUGCUUUUGCUUUUUCUUGGAUCGUCCUCCUCUGUGCCUUUUACAUCCAUAUUCUCGCAGCUGUUUAUGACUGUUGUAGUCCCUCUUAUUAUUGGACAGAUUGUCCGAAGGUACAUCAAGGACUGGCUUGAAAGGAAGAAACCUCCAUUUGGUGCUAUCAGCAGCUGUGUGCUCCUGAUGAUCAUCUACACAACAUUCUGCGAUACUUUUGCCAAUCCAAAUAUUGACCUGGAUAAAUUUAGCUUGAUCAUAAUCGUGUUCAUAAUAUUUUCUGUUCAGAUGAGCUUCAUGUUUUUGACUUUCCUCUUCUCCACAAGGAAUAACUCUACUUUCACACCAGCAGAUACAGUGGCUAUCGUUUUCUGUUCCACACACAAAUCUCUCACCCUGGGGAUUCCCAUGCUGAAGAUAGUAUUUGCAGGUUAUGAAUACCUGUCCUUAAUUUCCGUCCCUUUGCUCAUCUAUCAUCCUGCUCAGAUCCUUCUUGGCAGUCUGUUGGUACCAACGAUAAAAUCCUGGAUGGUUUCAAGGCAAAAGGCACUGAAAUUAACCAGGCAGCCCAAAGCACCCGUGAAGAGAGCACCCUGCGGGAUGGUAAGAAAUCUUCUGGAGUUGCAUGGACAAGCUGUGAAGGACUAGAGAAAGCAAUGCUGGGAAAUGCAGGCUGGAGGCAUUGCUCCAGGCAAGUCUGCUUUGUGCCGGCAUCUGAAGCUGCAGCAGAGGUCGUGAAAGCGGCCUCUGGAUUGUUCCUCUUGCCAGAAAGGUGGAGAGUGAGAUCUUCAGUGAGAAGUGAAAUUAAAUUUAUUAGUGAUUAAAAGGACAAGAAAGAUGUGUUGGAAGCAAUGAAUGCCAAUGAGGCCUCUCAGCUGCUCCCCUAAGCAAAUUGCAGUCUUGGUGCAGCAUCGGCUUCUCAGUCCCCCAAAUUGCAGUAAUUGAGUCUGGAGCUGAUGGGAGCAUGAGUCACCACUUCAUUUUCUCAUCAGUGGAGGCCAAGUUUUCAAAAUAUUUUUAGAUGCAUUUCCACAAAAAUUUCUGCCAGCCAGUGACCUAUAGAGUGACAAGAAAAUGAGCAAUAGCUGCUGCUGAAUGAGGCUUUGCUCCCUGCCACCUACCCUUCUGAUCAUAGUCAGGGGCAGGGAGGGCAGGUAAAUCAAAGGCUUUUGGAAUUAUUACACAGAAAAGAGCCCUGCUGACCUGAUAGGAACACCUGGAUUUGUUAAGUAACCAAAAUAACCUGUGAAUUCUUGGGCUGCCUGGUAGGUUCAGAUGAACUUUGUGUUGCUAGCCCCAGCCAGAAGCAGGUGUGAGAUUAGCUACUGAUUGUGAUCCGUGCUCCGAGGACAGCCCACAGCCAGCAGCUGCAGCCCAUAGAAGAGGCUGUGCAUCUCCUAAGGAUCCCAUACUCGUACAUCUCAUCUGCUCUUUGCCUGUAUUCAAAACUGCCACCUGGCACAACCACUUGUCACCCAGGUAAGAAAAAGGAAAAAAGCCUCUGGGCGGUAUCCUGUGUGGGAGGGCUACAUCUAGUAUAAUAGUCACAAAAUCAUAGACUUGGGGAUGUUGGUAUGCUGGUGCUGGUUCAUCUCUGGAAGAGAAAACUUACUAUUCAUGGUCAGUUUUCUUAUGAAACAAUUCCAACUUCUAAGGGAAAUCAGCUGUCUAGAAAGGGAAGAAAAUGGAAAGGAAAGACAAUUGAAGGAAAGAAUGAAACUGAAAGGAAAUUGAAGGAAAGACAAUCUCAUUGAUAGGAUUAAAAAAAUUAUGGAGGUCAUGUGAGAACUGGCACUCUGCCAGGAGAAAUGCAGGAAAUAAAAUUUGAGAGUCCUGUGACAAUAAUUGUGUAUGAAAUUCUAUUGGCAAAAAACUUUGCAGAUCUGUGCUCCCUCUGUUCUUUAGCAUGGUGACUGCAGUCCUUCCCUAUUUCUGUCCUUUCUCUGCUGCACACCCCAUACCCAAGAUGUCACAAAAUUGUUUUAUUUCCCAGUGCCUUCCCUGUGUAGUUUUGCCACUUCUUGUCAACACUGCCUGAUGAAGUAAGUGAUAAAAUGUCUUUUUCCCUUUUUUUUAAUUUUAGCUUCUCCUAGUUAGCUGUCCCUAACUGAACCUGGUGUCAUCAUCAAGAUGAUGCUCUCAUCUGUUCUCCAAGUUCUCUUAGAGACCCUGUCCUGUAGCCAAGAAACCAGGGCAGCUUUCCAAGAUGGUGCUUGGGGAAAAAAGCAGAACUCAGCUUUUUGUGCUGACACUGAACAACUUAACCCAUGCAAAUUACAGUUCUUGUAUUCAUUGUUGGGACUCGCAGCUCCCCUGGAAGGGAACACCCACAUGAUGCAGACCUGAAGCUCACUGCUGGAUCCAUUAGAAUCACUGUCAGUCCUUUGAGCAAUCCCAAACUGCUGCUGACAUAUUUUGCCAAUUCUCCAGCAAAUUCUUGCUUGUUCUGUUUCAUAAUAUUGCUUAAAAUUAUAGAAAUGUCGGGAGAACCUCUAUUUUUCUUUCUAAAAAUUACCAAAAAAAAGCUAUUUUGAUCUAUUUUAGGUCUCUGUUUGCCUGAAAAAUUAAAUGUAAUUUCCCAGAAGUGGCUCAGGACUACUAUAUUUGCCUCACACAUUCACUCUGCCCUUCCCCAAAACAUACACUCUUUCAGGUACCUCACAGCGAGUUGUAUAAAGCCCUUUUUUAGAAAACAGCCACAACAUCUGUUUAUCUGGUCCAAUUCCCUGAUAAAUAAAAUAUAUCCCAGAGGCAUAAUAGCGUGCUAAAAAUAAGAGUAUGACACAAUUUGAGCCAGCUAAUCUGGUAACUCUGUUUGCUGCAGCUCAUGGAGUGUUAAUGUGAGAAACCUGUAUCUUUCCAGCCCGGCUGGCUGUGAGCAUCGCACGGGGAUCUCUCCCGGAGCCAGAGCCAAAUCCCAUAGUACUGCGCUGUCCUGUGCUCACAAACUUCCUCCCUCUGGCCUCUCCAGGUGUAAAAAACCUAGGGGAAUUGUGAUAUGUGAGAUUUUGUGUGAGUCAGGGAGCAGAACAGAAGCGCCGCAGUCAGUGGAGCCCGACUUGUGUCGUGUUUGCGAUCAGGUAGUGCCUGUUUGUGACAUUAAACGUGUAACUUCUCGGAUUAUAAAAGGCAGAAAGAGCUGUGUGUACCUGCACAAUCACAUAUCAGCGUCCCAAAUAAUCUCAUGGUAAUUAUCUAUCAGGGCAAUAUCAAAAAACCCAACAAAAUUCAAAUCUUGCUGGUAUCAGUUUUUCAGACGAUUUUAUGGUAGGGUUUUUUUGUUUUGUUUUAAAGUAAGGCGCAUGGUAUGUGAGGAAAAAACUCCUCCAUGUGUACCACUAUGUACAAUAUAUAAUUAUCAUCUAUGUUCCAUAAUUUGAUCACAUAUUUUUAGGAACGUAUUUUCUUAUCUAUCUGUCUGCUUUCAACAGCAAACUCCCUCUGCUAACUCAUCCCAUUUGAAUUUUUAUAUUUCAAUUGAAUAAGAACCUUGAAUUUUGGUAUAUGCAUAAAUAUGCUCCAGUAUAUGGCAAGCAGCAGCUUCCUAUGUUUAAAAAAUAAAUUUAGUGAGAAUUUUCAAUAUUUUUUUAAUACUAGUGAAAAUAAAAUUUGGUCUGUUAAGAUGGCACAGUGAUAUUCUUUGAAUAGAUGCUACUUUGAAUGUGUUUUAAAUUUUUUUCCAGAAGCCCCAGAAAUUUAGGAGCUUAUUUUCUUAGUAACAAAAUAUUUGCUCUGAACAAUCCCAGAAGCAUAAUACAUUAGUAGAAAGAAAAGAGUAUUUAUAGCCAGUAAUUCAGCUGUUAUAAAUUAUGACUGUAAAGAAAGAGAAAAAGGUUCCUUUUUAAAACUUGCUGCCAGAUUCUGGUACAGCGAUGCUGAAUAAGUUAAGUAAUAUUCUUCUGAUGAACAGUCAAGUCUUGACUAGUUUUCAUUUAAAGAAGACUUUAUUAAGCAUUUUUCUCAAACUCAUAUUUUUUGUUCUGUUUUGAGCAGACUACCAUCUGAAUAAAACUCUCAGUGACUUUUUAGCCUACAUUAAAUUCUCACUGACAAACAGAUGAGAAUUAUUAUUGAUUUUCUCCAGAAAGAACUAAUAGGCUUUGCCAAAUAAAUCAUGCAGAUCCUAAGUGUGCUAUUCAUCUCUUCUGCAGAUUAUUGCUUAAAAGGCAUGAUAGUUGUCCUUUAAAAAUCAAAAGUCAAAUCAGUGCUUUGACUUGAAGUGAAAAAUUUGGACUGAUGGUUGUCCUGGGCCUUAUUAUUGUUUGGUUUUUUGCAGUUUGGAAAAUGAGAGGGCUGGCAGGCAUGGAUUCUUGGUAAGUGUGGAUUCUUAGUUUUUAGGGAACUCAACCACACCUGGAGGGUGGAGGUAACUGGUUUGUGUUAAUGAGUGGCUCAGUUAUUUAUCCCUCCCCAGUAUUAUGGAGCAACCUAAGUCUCCUGAGAAGCCAGAGCUGACAGUGGAGUUGAUAAUCUUCAACUUGGAUACACUUUGUGUCUGUGCGUCUGUCUGUGUGUCAGUCCUGGCCCAGGGCCCUGACCAGGUCCUGAAAUAUUCCAGCAUCUUUCACUGUUUCAGUUCCCUCUGUUCUGGAAGUUGUAGAUACUUUGUGCCCCUCCUAUCUUUCAAGAAUACAUUGUAGGUAAUUACUGUGUUUAUUUAAUUAGCUUUUUGUUGAUUUGAGCUUAUUUGGUGCAAUCACUGGUGCUUCUGCAGCAUACAUUUCAUCACCUGAUUUUUUUCCUAAUUAAUGGAAGAGUCUGAUCACCUACUUCCAAGUAGUUUUUAAGUACCCUUGAUUAUUUUUUGUUGUUGUUGUAUGGGAAUUGAUUUAGAGUUUAAGCAUGUCUCAACUAAUUGCAAGACAUAAUACCACAAAGCUGUAUGAAUUAGCAAAUACUAAUAUGUACUUAACAUCUGUUCUAGACACCAGUGUUUGUACCCGCACACAGAGGAUGCUGAAAUUAGAAAACAGGAACAAUGUAGUUUAUCCAAAGUCUGUAUUUCUCUAGUAAAUUUCAAAUUAUCAUGAGACAUAUAUCCCAUUCAAAUAUUCAUCUGUUCAGCAUCCUCACCAAAAAGAGAACUUUCUAGAUGACCCUUACGCCAGCAGAAGUUGUGGUUCUAGCUGACAUUACUCAAUUAACAUUGUAUGAGAUUUCUCCAAAUGUAGUGACUGCUGUAUCCAUCUUAAAGGAAAAAACAACCAAAACAACAACAACAACAAAAAGCAAACCCCAAAAAAACCCCCACAACCCAAAACCAACCAAACAAAAAAAUCCCCCAAAACAACAAAAACCACCCACAUCCUUUUCAUUUCUCCUGUUUGUUGCUAAAAUAAUGCAUUAUAAAUUUGCCAAGUCUUGCAAACCAGCACAAUUUCAUAUUCUGGGCACACCAUUAAUUUUCACAGAAAAUAUGUGUUUAGAAUCACUAGGUCUGCUCAAACAUUGAAUACAGUUAUUUUUCAGCAUUUUCCAUACAAUUAAUUUAACUGCCUUGUUGUAUCAAAAAUCCAGCUGUACCGGAAAAAAAAAAAAAAAAAAAACAAGCAAAUUUUUUUAAAAAGCUGGAAGAGGAAAAGGGGAAGGAAGAAACCCAUGUGUGACCUCUGGUGGUUUUAAGACUUACUCAGAAUAUUGUGCCUUCAUCAAUGAUUAAAUGACUCUCCCUUUU